AUAAAGAAAAUAGUUUUCUAAUAAUGGCAAUCAGUAAGAAAUUAUUCAUAAAAGAAUUAUUACGUAAUAAGUAUUUGAAAAAGUACAAAAAAGAGGAGCCAGAAAAAUUUGAAAAAAUAUUUGAAGUAAUAAAUAAUUACGAGAAAGAUAGUAUUCGCAACUACAAUGAUAUUGCGUCAUGUGUUGAUAAAAUAAGCAAAAUAUUGGGUCUAAGUUCGUUAGAAAAAGUAAUUAUGAAAAAACAUAUCAAAAAUAAAAUUUUACGGUUGAAAUCUUCAGGUAAAAAGGAUGACAAGUAAUCAAACAAUUUAAAAUACACAAUAAAAAUAAACAA